AUGUUGAACAUUCCAAGCACGGUUGACGACCCUAAUUAUCGCUAUAAAAUGCCUAAAUUGGUAUCAAAGAUUGAAGGGCGUGGAAAUGGCAUUCGAACAAAAAUUGUUAAUAUGGGAGAUAUUGCUAGAUCACUUAAAAGACCACCUGCGUACCCUACCAAGUUUUUUGGAUGCGAGCUCGGUGCAUUAAGCAAAUGGGAGGAUAAGGAAGAAAAAAGUAUUGUAAAUGGAGCACAUCAGCAAAAUGACCUCCAACGAUUAAUGGACAAAUUUAUUCAGAUGUAUGUCCUAUGCCCAAAUUGUGAGCUGCCUGAGAUUGAUAUAAUUGUUAAAAAGGAACGUGUUAGUUGCAAAUGUAAUGCUUGUGGAUAUAUUGGAGCAUUGGAUAAUCAUCAUAAAAUCACUACAUAUAUUUCAAAAAACCCACCAGGAGGAGUUGAAAGUACAAUGGGGAGCAGGAAUAAAAAGGAGAGAAGGGAGAAAGAUAAAGAUCGCAUAUCUGAAGGUUGUAGUAAUAGUAAUGGCUCAACAACAGGUGAUAACGAAAAACCUAAACAUAAGUCAAAGAAGACGAAUAAAAAAAACAGCAAAAAAACCGUUCAUGAUCUAGAUUUAUUUGAGAAGGAUGUUUUAACAUUUGAAAGCCCCGAAAUAGUUGAUGUUGUUGAACGUUUGACCAAUUUUAUACAAAGAAAUGAUGAAGUAAGUCCAGAAGACUUUUUUUCAGAGCUUCGCGUUUUACAAGUUUCUCAAGAUUUUGACGAAUUCAUGAGGUUUUCUGUAUUGUUAGCCGUGCUGUUUGGUUUGAAAGACCCGAUUGAUCCAAAAGUAUUUAAAUUAAGGAUCCCCUACAUUUCAAAGGUCGUAGAGGGUUCUUUGAGAUCAAAUGCAAUUAUUUCUAUAUUUGAAACAUAUUGUGUUGAGAAGAAUCCAAGUACGCUAACAACAUAUCCAUACUUGAUACAACAACUAUAUGAUGCUGAUAUUUUAUCCGAAAAAGUUAUCUUGAGAUAUUACCAAAAAGAUGCUCCUACUUCUUGGGUAUUUGGAUGUUCUACUCAAGACACAUUUGAAAAAGCUAAGAAAUCAUGUGAACCGUUCAUUAACUGGUUGCUUGAUGGUAGCAACGAUGAAUCUGAUCUGAGCGAUGAAAACAAUGAUGAUUACGAUACAAAUAACUCCGAUAUCGGUGAGGAAGAUUCUCAUUCUCCUAUUAAGAGCUCUUAUGUAAAGGUCAAAAGCCUGAAUCUUUCAGAUAAACUUGAUAAGUUUGAAAGUUGUUCUGGUUCUGAAGACGAUAGUUCUCUAACUAAAAACGUGGAGAAUACUCGGUCUCAGGAUACUGACUCUGACCUUGAUAUUGACAAUAUCUAA